UUCCAUGUUGUGUUAUUAACCUGAGAUAUCACAGCGCCGCCUUCAGCCUGUAACUUGUGUCAACACUAAGUUAAUCGUGUUUGUUUGAUGUCAGAUAUCAUCAGGUGUAUUAAUUUUUGAUUUGAUGAUCACAGUAUUGUUUACUGGCGAUUAUUUUAUUGGUAACCCGCGGGUACCGGCAUGAGAUCUUGUUAAUCUCGCACUUGCAAAACACGACUUGACAAGCUUCCCAUGAUGUCGGUGAAUGCAAAUCGACGGAAAAACCGUCAGAAUUCUGGGCCAUCUCUCAAUAGAAAUAACAGACCCAGAGGUUAUGACAAAAAUAUAUCGUUUGAAGGAAUUUAUUCCAACUCAAGAUUCUCUCAUCUUCUUGCCUCUCUUGUUGGUUGUGUUGUUCAGUUACAAGUAAAAAAUGGGGGUGUAUACGACGGAAUCCUCAAAACAAACAGUCCUCGGAUGGAUGUGGUGUUGGAAAUGGCCCAUAAACAUGAAGAGAGUAGCAAUAACAACACCAACAACACAACUCCCUCCAAAGAUAGACUGAUUGAAAAAGUCAUUUUCAACAUGUCAGACAUUCUAUCCAUCAAUGUAGUAGAUGUGGAUUUAGAUUAUGCUGUUAAAGAUACCUUCACAGACUCAGCAAUAAGCAGCAAAUGCAAUAGCAAUCACACAGAGGCCGAUAUGAAAGUUCUUCAACCCUGGGAAGGCGGAGAAGGGGAGGAACUAGGGGGCUUAGAGAGGGAGUCCUCUAAUGGUUGGGAUCCAAAUGAUAUGUUCAAAACAAAUGAAGAGAAAUUUAAUGUACAGACAAAAUACGAUGAUAGCUUAACGCAGUACACAACACCUCUUGAAAAGAGAGAUACGAAAGAAUUCAAGAAUCGUGAGGAAGAGGCAGAGAGAUUAGCCAAUGAAAUAGAAAGGAGCGAUCAGUAUAAGCAACACAUCUCAUUAGAAAAUGGUGAGGGCGAUGAAGAGGAGAAGUUCAGCGCUGUCAAGAGGGUAGCUGAGAACAACACCACAAGUAUGCAGAGUUCUGGAAACACUGGAAAAUAUGUCCAUCCAAACAAACGAUCUGGAAUGCAAGGGAACAGGAGCCGCGGUGGCUACAUGAGUAACACAAGACCGCCAAACCAGAUCCCGCCACGAUGGCAAAAUCAGCAUCACCACCACCACCAACACAACUUCCAUCAGAAUCCCCCCGCCCCUCCCCACCACCAUCCCCCUCAUCACCAGACAUCCACAGAGGAGCCAAGACUCAACGGCUCUGCUGAUGACCGAGAUAGGAGGUCAGAAGACAGGAAAACAGAUGAUUCUGUGGAGAGGGACAAGCGUCCGGAGGAUAAACGUCCAGAGGAAAAGAAAAGUGAAAUUGACACUAAUGUGAAAUCUAGUCCAAAACAAGACCCGGUGACUCAGCAUGUAGCCCCUGAGAAGCCAGACCCUGUGCCCCACACCUCCCCUGUAGGCCUGAAGCCAGACAGAAGGAGCUCUGGUCCCAAACCCAGAGAUCGUGCUGAAGUUAUUAAGGACCUGAAAGAAUUCAAUAGCAACUUCAAAGUCAGUUUUGACAGUAAGAAAGAGGAGAUGAAGGAGGCAAGUGAAGCAAAGACCAAGCAGCCCCCAGUGCCUGCUGCUCCUUCUGCCGAGUCUCAGGCACAGAUCGUUACCGGGGAAACCACUGCACCAGAGGUCAAGGCCACCAAGCAGCAAGGAGCCUCGGAGAGGGAGGCCAACAUUGACAUCAAGAAAUCAAACCUAAAUCCUUUGGCUAAAGAAUUUGUGAUGGGAAAAGGAAGAGAACAACAGGUGGCUACUCCCCCUCUCAGACCCCAGACCCAGAGUCCAGUAGCCCCAGGGAUUAUGCAGCCCAUCUCUCAGCCUAUCUCUCAGCCCAUGCAUCAGUAUACCUAUACUGUGAUGCCACCAAUGCCCCAGGGGGGACCUCAACCUGCCAAUCAGAACUACAAGCCAAUCAAAAGAGCUGUGGUUUCUGUUGGUCCCCAGCGUGAUUUGACAGCGGCUGCUGCCCAGGCUGCCACAGGACAGCCCUUGUUUAACCAGGCGACAGUGCAGGCGGCCCAACCCAACUACAUACAGUACAUCCCAAACUACCAGGCGGUGAUGCCUAUGCCAGCAGCCACAGGACGCAUGGUGACGCCAACAUCAAUGCCUAUGGUGCCUACAUCACACGGUGCUCAGUCCAGCCAAUCACACCAACAUUCAAUAUUCAUGCCUGGACAAGCUCAACCAAUGCCGGCUCAUCUCCCAACUGCUCAGUUUCCAUACCCUGCCCACAUGCCCAUGGCAACUAACAACAUGGGCAAUCAAGCCAGUCAACAAGGAGGACAGCCUCAGCCUAUAACACACCCUGCUCCUAGUCCAGUACAACAGCACGGGAACUCCCAGUCGCAUCAGCAGGGACGCCCGCCCAACUCUGGAACCCCCCAGCCCCCUGGAGGGCCUUACCCACACAUGGCACCAACUAACAUCCAAGGACAUCCACCACUGAUUCCCAGCCCACAGAACCAGUCUCCACAAACCAUGCACAAUCCUUAUCCAUACGUUUCCCAGCACCCUAUCUUCCAACCGGGAACGACCGGACAUCUUUACACCCAGCAACACAUGCCCACCAGCGGCAACCAGACAAUGCACACUGGCCCCUCUCAACAGAUUAACCAUGGGGCACAAAUCGUGGUCAUGCCUAAUCCCCAGCCUGGACAAGUACAGCAUCAUCCACACAACCAACAAUUUCAACAGCACAUGGGAGGUCCUAACCAGCAACACAUGAUGCAACCAGGAAUGCCAACAGGGUACCAAGGAUCUAAUCCUAAUAACGUUGUCCACCCUUUUGUUCAGCAAGUUGCAAGUGCUCCUCCUCCUCCUCAGGUUGCGACGGUGCCACCGUUUCAACAAAACCAUUAAAAAUGGAGAAUUUUAGACAUAAAAUUAACUUUUCUGUUUUCCUCUAUUCUGAUUUCUAAACUCAAGGCCAAAAAAAGUAAAUUGUGCCAGCUCUAAAAGAGGUCAAGCUAAUAAAAGAGAUUUUGACAUGUUCCCCGAGAAGUGUUCACAGUUUCCAACUUAGAUAGUGUGUGAAAGUGUGAGAGAGAGAAGAUACAAGACGCAUUUAAUGUGAUAUCAGUUCUUAAUUGUUUGCAGGAAAGCAAACUGAUUUUAUUACAAAAGAAACAGCCCAGUUGAGUUUUUGUAGAGUAAAAGUUUAAAAAAAAAACCACAAAAAAUUAAAAAAAAAACUACUGAA